UCUCGCAUAAACAAACCACUUUCCGAAAAUCUCCGUUUUUCCUUUCACCGUAAAAAUCUAAACAAAUUUUUCCGGCAACAAAUUCCGGUAAUCAAAAUGGCCGGAAGAGGCAAAUCUAUCGGAUCUGCAACCGCUAAAAAAGCCACAUCUCGUUCCAGCAAAGCCGGCCUUCAAUUCCCCGUCGGUCGUAUCGCUCGUUUCCUUAAAGCCGGUAAAUACGCCGAGCGUGUCGGUGCCGGAGCUCCUGUUUACCUCGCCGCCGUCCUUGAAUACCUUGCCGCGGAGGUGCUUGAAUUGGCUGGUAAUGCAGCAAGAGAUAACAAAAAGACGAGAAUUGUGCCGAGGCAUAUUCAAUUAGCGGUGAGAAAUGAUGAGGAAUUGAGCAAGCUUCUUGGUGACGUCACCAUUGCAAAUGGCGGUGUGAUGCCUAAUAUCCAUAACUUAUUGCUUCCAAAGAAGAUUGUUUCUUCAAAGUCAGUUGCAGAUGAUGAUGAUUAAAUAAUAUGUUUUCUUUUUGGAAUUGUAUUUGAUGGAUUAUUAUUAUUGAUCUGGUUUAUGGUAGUUUGUUAGGGUUUUAGUAUUAGUUUAUAUAAGGUUAAUGAAAAUCCUUUGGUUAUUAA